UUCAAAGUUGCAGUGAACACAUCUGCGUUCAGCUCUCAAAGUUACCUCCAGAACUUAAGAUAAAAAUGUGUCGUGUUUGGUUGUCCGUUUUUCUGGUGUACUUCACGGCGUGUUCCCUGCAGCUUGGCGCGUGUUUCCCGGGCGGGGCCCCGACGGACGCCUGCCAGAACCUGACGCCCGGGCACGUCAACAUCACCGCCAACUCCUCCGCAACACCCUUCACUCUCAUGCCGGUCAGCACCACCUACCAACCCGGAGGCACACUGGUCGUUAGAGUGAUGGGUGCGGACUUCCGAGGCAUCCUUCUGCAGGCCCGAAACAGCACGAACGAGGCAGUCGGCUUCUGGUCGGACUUUCCCGACUUCACCCGAUCUCUGACGUGCAACAACUCGGCAGACUCCGUCACUCACCAGAACACUUCGGUAAAAGUCGCCGGAACCAACUUCACCUGGAACGCGCCGAGGGAGUCCCCGGGGGAUGUCGUUUUCUGGGCAACAAUCGCCCAGUCCCGGGAGCAGUACUGGGCCAACAUCACCUCAGACACGGUCUCUGGAGGAAACCGAGUCAUCCUCCAGUUUGGAGUCUUCAGUCUGCUGAACAUCAUACUGCUGACUAACUGGAUGAUAGAGGGGUAGCGACCACAGCAUACUUGAUACUAGAAGGGUUUUGGACAAAAACUGUACCUUGAACUUGUGUUAAGUAGUUUAAAACAGAUCACAUCAGAGAUACAAUGCUGGCAGGCAUCUUUAUAUUGCUCGAGAA